UGGCGAUAAUUCCCCCAUACACGGUCACACGAGAAAGCAGAAGAAGAGCUCGACCCGGAAGCGCUUUGAGCGGAAGUGGUUUUUUUCUCGGCCCUCGUGUCGCUCUUCCUUUCCGCCUGCUCGAGUGCGCCAUACACACACACGCUGCGAAGAUGGCAGAAGAUUGGGAGGCUGCGCCAGCUGUUGCUGAGACUCCAGAGAUCAAACUCUUUGGCAAAUGGAGUACUGACGAUGUUCAGAUCAAUGACAUCUCACUGCAGGAUUACAUUGCCGUGAAGGAGAAAUAUGCCAAAUACCUUCCCCAUUCCAGCGGCAGAUACGCAGCCAAGCGUUUCCGUAAGGCUCAGUGUCCCAUUGUGGAGCGCGUCACUAACUCCAUGAUGAUGCACGGACGCAACAACGGCAAGAAACUGCUGACCGUCCGCAUCGUGAAACACGCCUUUGAGAUCAUCCACCUGCUCACUGGCGAGAAUCCUCUGCAGAUUCUGGUGAACGCCAUCAUCAACAGUGGCCCUCGUGAGGACUCCACUCGUAUCGGACGUGCUGGAACCGUGAGGAGACAGGCUGUUGACGUGUCCCCCCUGCGCAGAGUCAACCAGGCCAUCUGGCUGCUGUGCACCGGUGCAAGAGAAGCUGCUUUCAGGAACAUCAAGACUAUUGCAGAAUGUCUUGCUGAUGAGCUCAUCAAUGCUGCCAAGGGUUCCUCCAACUCUUAUGCCAUCAAGAAGAAAGAUGAGCUGGAGAGAGUGGCCAAGUCUAACCGCUAAUCUCCAUUUUGUAUAAAUUUGGAUUACAAUAAAGGAAGUGUGAAACUUA